GCACGUGUUGUUUAAAAAGAAACAUGUUUACUUUGGAAUGCUAAACAUUUAUACUUAAAAUAGAUAAAUUUGGAAAGAUUAUGACGGAAAAAAAUAAAGAUUUGAACAGGUUCCGGUUUAAAUCCUUCAGUGAAAGGAUAAGUGAAAUAGAUAUUCGACAAACUGCAUUGUAUCGUAUUGGUAUAGAAAAUGAAAAUGUUCUACAAGAAAAUGAAACAUAUUUUCACCAAACUAUUCGAAAAUGGACAGUUUUGAACUUGACAGCGGAAUUUAGCGAUUUCAGUAGGAGAUUUUAUAAUGUAAUAUCACUUCCGCAACUAUUACACCAAAAAGAUAUUAUAAUAGACAUCUUACUUGAAAAACUAUCAACCUCCACAACAUUAUUUUUGCAACCCCUAUUAGAAAUACUAGUGAGUCUUUCAAAAGAUUUAAGUGAAUACUUCUGUAACACAGAACAUUUUCAAAGAAUAUUCGAUUGUUUGAUUUCCUUAUUAAACACUCAGAAUGUAGAGCAACUAGAGUGGACUUUAAUUUGCUUGGCAUACCUUUUUAAGACUCUUAAGACGUUUCUAAAAAGAUAUGUAAGUUUCAUAUUUCACCUCGUUAUUCCACUUUUUGAUGAAGAGCAGUGGCCAGAUCAUAUUAGAAAUUUUGCUGUUGAGUGUCUUGCAUAUAUUGCUCGAGAUGUAGUAAAUCAGAAAAAGCUAUUAGAAGUUUUUAUAAAAAAUAUUGAAAAGCAAGGCAGAGGUAUAAUUAAAGGCGGUGGAAAAUUGUUCUUCGAGAUUAUUAGGGGAGUCAAUAAAGAUUUUCACUCGGUCGCACAGAAACUUCUUCCGCUUUUACUUGAAAGUUUAUUGAGUGAUAUAACUCCGAUAAAUGAUAUAUUGACCGAAAUUGUCAAAGAAAUGGUUCACCACAUUUUGAAUUUCGUAAACACAAGUAAUAUGUCAAUUAUUUGGGAUUCAAUUUUUACUGUUGUCGAAAAAAUAUUAGCAACGGAUGAACAAAAUGAAAACAUAAUUCGAUUAAUUCAAAUAAUUGGUAUAUGCAUAGAGCAUAAAAGUGGGGAAUAUUUAAUCAGUCCCAAUUUACUUGCUAAUGUCGUAUUACAAAUUUUUGAUUCCUAUAAUUCGAGUGAAGUAGUUCUUACUCAGCUUAACAAGAUAUUAUGUUGUUUAUUACUUUCUAAUUGUAACAUUACUCAAUUUGAUCUAAACAGAAUGUGUAAAAAAAUUCUUACUGUUCCAUAUCGUUCUGUAUAUGAGAAUUUCAUUUGGAAUAUGAAAUCACAUCCACAAUUUGAACUGUUCAUGCUUCCGAGUUUUUUGAAAUUUAUUGAAUCGAAUUUUGAUAUUCAUAGUUUGACAUUUUUGACUAAAGUAGUUCUAUUUAAAGCACCAUUAUGUGAAGACGGUAGGAAAUACAUUGACUGGAAAAAAUAUCCUAUUAAACUCAACAAUACUGGAAGAAUUUUAAACGUUGUCGAAUGUAAAAAGGAAGAUGAAUGUAAAGUUGAAUUAUAUUUAUUGGUUUCAAUUGUUGCGCCACAUUUGGAAAAUAUAAAAGUGCAAAGCGAUAUUAAAAAUUAUAUAGAAAGCGAAAUAAACAAAAUUUUGCAAACAUUUGACGAAAUUGAAUUAGAUAGUAACAUCCAAAAGCAAACUAUUGUGCUAGCUGUAUUUGUUGAAAAUCUUUUUCAUUUAAAUUUAAAAAUUGAGAACAUUUUACUACAGAACAUAAUUAACACCAUUAUAACAUUUUGUGGAAAAGAAAAAUUUAUUUCAUGCUUAAAAUUGCUAAAUUUGAUUUGUGUUUACUGUAAUUCAAAUUGUAAAGAGUUACUUACAUACGAUCUAUUCACAAAAAUACAUAAGGUAAUUUCAAACAACUUAUCUUCUCCAUUGAUGGAUUUUAGAUCGUUAACAGCGCACACACUUAACCAAUUUUAUAAUGCACAAAAUCUUAUUACAAACGAUGUCUACCAAGUUUUUUAUAAAAUUGAAUGCACCGAAACUACAAUUUAUACAUACAGAGAAAAAAUUAUAUUAAUCAACAAAUUGCUUCCUAAUGGGGUGUACAUGAAACAUUUAGUCAAAACAUACGUGAUUCUGGACUGUUUGAAAUUUUUGCUAGGUUUAUUAUAUCAUAAUUUUAAACUGUUGUGGGAACCAAUCUUCGAAGUAACCCAAAAUCUAGUAAACUGCUUGUCGCUAACUUCGGAAUUUUGUGAAAUUUAUAAAUCUAAACUGGAAACAACAGCAAAAAUUAUUAACGAAGAAAUAGCAGAUCCAACAUUAGUAGUUUUUAGUGGUAAAACAUUCUCUUCAGAAAUUCUUCAACAAAUAUUCGAAAAUGCAAUAGACUAUAAAGUUAAAGUAGAUUACAGAAAUUAUCGUAAUUUACUGUGGUCAAAAUUACCUACAUAUAAACAACUCGUUGAAAUUAAAAAUAGGGAUAUUGUUACGAUAUUUCUAAAUUUUUUUAAUCAAGAAUACAAAGUUUUAAAAAAAAGAGAUACUACGUGGGACUUAUUAGAAACUUGCAAUAAAAAUAAUGAUAAAGAUUGCUUAAAGGUGCCGGAAAAAAAUGUCAAGCAACUUACUCAAUACAAUAAAACAUUCAAAAAUACAGUUCAAACGUUGGUAAUAAAAUUAAAUGUAUUUAAAAAUCAAGAUAACCCAAAACAACUUCAUCGCCAAAAGGAACUUUAUCAAGUCUAUUUGGAGUUAUUAAUGUGCUCAAAUACUCUUCUGCAAAAGUUGGCGUUAGAUUGUUUAAUGGCAUAUAAAAACACUUACUUGAUAAUGUAUAAAGACCAUCUUUAUAAUUUUGUCGAUGAAGAAAAAUUUAAGGAUGAAAUAUUAACUUUCAAAAUUAAUGCAGAAAGUCCGGAAAAAGAAAUUAAAUUCAGUCCGGAAUUUGUGAACAUUUUAAUGCGCAUAUUGCAUGGGAAAAUAAAUUCAAAGGUGGCUGGCACGAACAAGAAUAAGCAAGUGAGAAAAGCCCAAAUUUUGCAAUUUUUGGCAAAUUUUGCGAAGGAUGACAAAUUUUGGUUUUUACAAUUAUUUCUUAAGGAUUAUGGAAAUGUUUUUGAGAAUGAUUUAGAAAAUAUGGUAGCCCAUAUUGACGUCGAAUUUAACUUAAAAAGCGUUUUGUCUGCUAAAAUAUUUAAGAGCACACUAAACCUUAUAGCAUUAACAUACAAAAGCUUUAUAGGACUUAUGGAUACAGAUUUUCUAACAUAUAUGUUUAAUAUAAUGAUAUAUAUUGGUUAUACCUGUGAAAAAGUGUUACGAAAUUCAGAUAAAAUUCAAAACAUUAAAUUUUUGAUUAUGUAUAAGAACGUUAAAAUAAUAGCUCUGGAAGGUAUAACUAAUUUUUUUGCGCAUUUUAAGAACUUUGACUGGGAAGAAAAUCAAAUAAAAACAAUAAAUGAAAUAUUUAUUUGCCCAAGCAUAAGAAAAUUAGCUUACGAAAGCAUACAUAAUCCAACUCCACUAUUAAAACUCCUUUGUAUAUGGUCACAAAAUAAGCGAUAUUUCUCCUAUUUCCUAAUUGAAAGUGAAGAAGGCCUAGUUGCGUUCAAAUUUGUUAUUGAUUUACUUUUGAAUGAGAAAGCUCGACCCAUAAUACGAAAAACAAUUUUAGAAAUGAUUGAACGACUAUUAUUGUCAUGUUACAACGAAUAUGAUGAAUUUGAUGUAAAUAGUUUUGGUGCAGCUGUUAUAAGACCACAUAUACAUCAAAUUUUACGGCGUCUUCAAAACAGUUUAUGUUUAAAAAAGUGCAAAAACAAGGUAAACAAACGCGAUAUGAAUAUAAUAUCAAGUUUAACGUAUUUUGUACAAGAUUUAGAAAUAUGUAACAAUAUAACCGAAAUAUUUUUACCCAUUUUGCUCGCAAAAACAAAAAUUGCAAAUAAAGAAACCCAACAAUAUACCAUUGCAGCUGUAUGCAAUUUAAUAAAAAAUUCUAGUAAUUCCGUAGACUAUCUGAAAAAGAUUUGCGUAUUAUUUGUUGAUACUAAAGUAAUCGGCUUAAGAAAGCAAUUGUGCGAAUUACUAUGCGUAAUAUCUGAAAAAUACAUAUCGACUUUACCACAUAUGAUAGAAUUAGCUAAAGUUAUAAAUGAACUAAAUGCGUGGGACAAAAGAUGGGUAGAACAACCAGACUAUUGCAAAAGGAUUUCAGCGAUCAAAUGUUUAAUAGGAAUUUUAAACUCUAGAAAAAUUAAUCUUGAUUUUGGUAUUAUAGUAGCAUGCAAUUGUUUUCAUUUUUUGAAAUAUGACAGCGAUGUGGGAUUACGGGAAAAUUCAAGUGAACUUCUCAAAAUAUUGGUACCAAAACUAUUAAAAGAUAAUCAACAUUUAAAUGAGGAUGUGGACUAUAUUAUAAAUGAAGUCUUUUUUGAAAUUAUAAAAAACUUACUUCGGGACAACAAUGAUGUUGCACGUAAUGAAGGAAUUUUGAUAUUAAGGGAAAUGGCAAAAGAAUGUUACAUGUUAAAUCCCAUUUUAAGAAAUCUUUGCCAUCUAGUUGACUAUAAGGAUGAAGAAACUGAUUUUUUCGUAAAUAUCUCCCAUCUACAAAGUCAGCGACAUAUCAAAGCCUGGCAGAGAUUUUCUAAUAUUACCAAAAAUUUAAAUGAACCAUUUUAUGUGAAAACAUUAACAAACUUUUUACUUCCGUUGACGUCAAAAUAUUUACUAAACGAAAAAUAUUCCAAUAAAAAUGCUUUAAUUGAUGCUGUUCUUGAAUCUGUCGGUAUUAUUUGCAAACUUUUACCUUGGAAACAAUAUGAAAUGUUACUAAAAUAUUAUUUGCGAAAAUUGAGAACGUCAAAUGAGCAUCAGAAACAAACUGUUCGAAUAGUAGUAACAAUAUUAGAUUCAUUUCAUUUUGAUUUAUCAAAUACAAGCGAUAGUGAAAAAAUUAUAGAUAAUUAUAAUUGUACAACAGAAAAUCAAGAUCAACUUAAAAUUUCAAAAGAGAAUACAGAGCAGAGUGCAGAUUUCAUCAGGGAAACUCUGGCGAUUCAAUCACAGCUUAAAUAUGUUGAGAAUAAAAAUUUGGAGAAAAAGUCCAGCUUUCCAACGAGUGUCACAAUUUUGAAGACUUCCUCCGCUAAAAGAAUUUUGAACAAUAUUUCCUCUAUAAUAAUUCCGACUUUAAAUAAUUCUAUAAAUGAAAAAAGUAUUCAUGAUUCAAGGCACAAGUUGAAUCGGAAACGAUAUAGUAUAGAAAGGGAAGAGGAAGAAAUACAUAAAGUUCCGAUAGCUCUUGCAUUAAUAAAACUUUUGCAAAAAUUACCUAAGAACUAUUUAGAAGAUAAUUUACCAGGAGUUUUCGCGAAGGUUUGCACAUUUUUAAAAUCGCCUUUAAAGUCCGUUAGAAUGCUAACUAGAGAUAUUUUAAAAAAGAUCAUGUUAUCUCUAGGAUCUAAAUAUUUACCAUUGUUGAUUGAACAAUUACGAACUUUAUUAACUCGAGGUUUUCAAAUUCAUGUUUUGUCUGUAACACUGCAUGGCGUAUUGGAUAUUUUAAAGGAAAAAUUUGAACCUGCACAUAUCGAAUUAUGUUUACAAGAUAUUUUAGAAAUAAUUCUGAAUGAUAUAUUUUCUGAAUUUAUUGACCAAAAAGAAAUUAAUAAAAUUGCAGCUCACACACCGGAAGCAAAACCAAGUUCAAAAAGCUAUUUGUCGUUACAUAUUGCAGCCAGAAAUAUUCCAGAAUCUUGCCUUCUAGAUAUACUAAUUCCUUUCAAAGAAUAUUUAGCGCAGAAUAUAUCGCAAAAAUCGGUCGCAAAAAUUGAGGUCUGUUUCCAAAAAAUUAUUAUUGGUUUAGCGGAAAAUACUUUAAUAUCAAAGGAAAGCAUGUUAUUUUUCAUUUAUGGCGCAGUAUCAGAACAGAUAGCAGAAUUAUUACCGAGUUCUCAGAACCAACAGUUGACCGAAAAAGAAAAAAAUUACGUUACAAGAAAUUUUUCUGAUUGCUUUCUGGUCCCUGAGUCCCCAAACUCUAACUUUAGUAUGCUUCACAAAAAUGUGAAAAAUAACGCGCAAGCUAACGCGCAUGUUUUAAUACAAUUCGGAUUAGAGUUGUUAAAUAUAAUUCUCAAACGGAAUAAAAUUUCUAACAUAAGCUAUGAACCAUAUUUAAAUCCAAUUAUACCAAUUUUAAAUAAUUCACUGAAAAGUAAUUACAUCAAAGUUACUACGUUGGCACUGAAAUGUUUAACAUCAAUUUGGAAUAAGAAUUACAAAAUUGAGAAAUGUAAUUUAGAGAUAAAUAACAUUUUAGAACAAAUAUUUAAAAUAUUGCAUAAAUAUUCAGCUUGUGGGGCCACACGAAAUGAUGACAGCUUUUGUUUGGUAAAAAACGCAUUGAAAACAAUUGUAGCAUUAUUACGAAAUGUAGCAAAAAUUGAUAUGACUUCAACACAAAUUGGGCAGCUUUUAUUUUACAUUGAACGAUAUAUUUUGGAGACCGAACGGCAGCCAGCAGCAAUUAACUUACUUAAAGCUAUGGUUUUCCGAAAAAUUCAACACAAAAAAUUACAUAAUGUGAUGAAAAACUUACCAAAAAUAACUAUAAUAUCUCCAUCAAUUUUUUUACAAGAUGAAAUUAGAUCUUUGUUGAUACAGUACCUUAUUGAAUAUUCAAAGGAAAAAGAGUGUGAAAAAAUAAUAAAAUUCUUUGCGAUACAAUUGAAUUAUGAAACCUCAAUAGGAAGGAUGUCUGCUGUUAAGUUUAUUGAUCUGGCAAUACGUAAAUUACCUUACGAUUUUCUAUUAAAAAAAUCCGAAUUUUUAUACCUACAGUUGGGGACACGUUUAGUUAACGAAGAAAUGCCGAGUUGUAUAGCUGCAGUGGCAGAAUGUAUUGAAAUUCUUAUAGCCCGUGUGGACAAACAUAUAAAGCAACGGUUAUUUGACAUUACAUUAAUGUUCUUAAAUAAUGAUAAAAAACCAGCGGUGCGGGAAAUGGCUGCUACAUUGCUUUCUCGUUUUAUUUCGGUGGAAAAAACCUCAUUUUUACCACGAAUAAAUAUAUUGUUUCCAAUUUUGGUAACAUUUUUAAAUUCAAAUACCUUUAAACAACCAGGUCACUCUGCGAUAAUGUCAAUUUCAAAAAAAAGCGUUGUCAAUAGAGAAAGUUUCAGUCUAGACGAAAAAAAUAUUUACAUUCGAAAGGAAAAGGAAAAAGCUACUGACCAUGAAUUGAUUCAAAUUCAAAACUGCAUACUCAAGAUAUUAGAAUUUUUUUCUGAUAGUAUUCUCGUACAUGCAGAAUGGAAUGAAUCAAUUGAUAAAUUAAUAUUUGAAUGUCAAAACCUUCUGGGGUAUGAGCAUGAAUGGGUCCGUUUGAAUGCGGUUAAGAUUAUAAGACACAUAUUUUCUCAUAUUGAUUACGAGUUAGUUACAAAUAUAUUGACAAAAAAGACAAAAAUUAAUGAAAGUGAUAUUAGUUUUUUGUACGUGACGCCUGAAAACAGUAUUAAAAACUUGACACUUGAUUUAUGUGCUCAAAUGGUCCCAGGAAAAACUAGUGAGCUUUUGGCUGAGGAAAUCACAAAUAUAUUUCUCAUAUUUGCUAAUAUUUUGAAAGCAGUCCAAUUAAUGAGCAAUGCAAAAAAUACUACUGCAACUUACAAUGAAAGUCAUACAAGAUGUAAAUUAAAUUUAAACUGGCUUUUAAGACGAAUGCGCUAUAUAGUUCAAGCUGAAAUUUCAAAAGCUCCUCAUAGUUUUAUUUUGCGAAAAUUUGUUUUUAAUUUCUACGAGGGAUUAAUAACCAUAUUGGACGUAAAUAUAAUACAAGAAUUGGCAGUAAGUAUAUUAUCACCCUUAGUAAGAGAAAUGGUUGAAGAUGAUCAAAAUAUUCACCCCGAAUUGAACCAACAAUCUUGCAGAAUUGGAAGCAGGUUACGUAAAAAAAUUGGAUCUGUAGUUUACGAUAAAUUGAGGGCUGAACUUCAGACGAAGUUACUUCUAAAACGUACUUUAAGAAAGAAGGAAAUCGCAAUAGCAAAAGUUUUAAACCCAAUAAAAGCAGUAAAACGAAAGAAAUCAGUUUUAAAAAAAAAAGAAAUAUCAAAAAAGAGAAAGAUAGAUGUCAUUAAAGGUAAAGUUGCUGGAAAAAAAAGGAAAAGAAAAAAUGAUGAAUUAUUUUAGAAUAAAGUACAUUUAUUGAUUUUACGAAAAA